AUUAGUAUAAAAAGGAUUGACAAUACAAACAGUUAUUGUAUAAGACAAUUGAAAACUAUUAUUUGCGAAUUUGAAAACAGUUUUUAGAGUCAUGAAAAUGACCGUGAAAUUAUUCCUGUUGAUAGUCUUGUUGUCAGUCAAAACAUUUGCCAUCGACUUUACAACCAUUGGUCAAAAAGAGAUUGUUGAUUACAUCAAGAAUAGGGCUGAUGUACUUUAUGGAGCCAAGUUGAGUGAACGGAACCUUCAGGAUUUGUUGAGCAGUGCUGUUUUCACUGGACUCGAAGAGGAAGCAUUAACAUUUGCUUAUGGCAAAUCAGUCGGCUCUGAAGUUAUACCCGAUGUUGAGGUUAACCCAAAAGAUUUACUCACGGGACUAACUGCAUUGGUUUCCGAAUCAACAACUGAAUCUGUUCCAUUGAAGAUAUUUUUAACUUCAGAUUCACAAGGAACAACAGAUAUUCAAAUGGGUACUCUUACUACUACUAAAUCAUCGUCAAGUAAACAAUCUGUUGGUGAUUUUGUUGUCACAAGUGUACAAUCGCAAAAUAAUGAUAAAACUAAUCUGGAUGGUUCUAUUACUAUUAAUUUAGGAGGUUCAACUGACUCUCACAAUUUAACUUUAUUCAAAACUGUUUACAUUUCAGCAGAAAUUAAAAUCACUUCACUUGGCUCAGAAUGGGAUGAAAAUUUGUUGAAAAACGACGGUAAACUCAUUUCCUUAUUACCUUCAACCACAGGCUCAUUAUACACUGUUGAAUAUCAAUCAUUGAUCCGUGAAUCGAUUCCAUCCAAUGACGGUGCUUUAUUUGCCGGUACUAAAACCAGUGGAACUGUUUUGGUCCACAAAAAUCCAAAUGGAGUUUUAAGUCUAUCUGGUCGAAUAAUUUCUGGAAAAAUUGAACCAACAUCAGAAGAUCAGGCGGAAGAACUGGUUGAUUCAUUUUUAACUCUGAAUGGAGCUAAAUCAAGACAGUUCUUUAUUAAAGAUGAUGAAAUGGUUUCCAAAAAGUCAAAUUCAAUCGUAGAGCCCAACAUAAAGAAAUCAGAUAUCAAGUCAAAAUCAAAUUUGAUUUCUGGUGGAAGUGCAUUGUUUGAUUAUUUGGGUUAUUUAUAUCGCGGCCAUAAGUCACACCAUAAGGAAAAUAGUAGAUCUCAAUCAAAUCAUGGUUAUCGCCGGAAUCAUGAUUCAAGAAGGUGGCACGAAAACCAAAGAGAAGAUCCAUAUUCAUGGCAAUCAGAUGCAUGGUCAAACCAGCCAGGAUGGCGAUAUGACUACCAUUAUAAUUACGACUACAGAUAUGAAUGGCAUUGGAGAAAUUUUGAUGAGCCAUCUAAACAACCAGUUAGAUCUACGACCCAAGCACCAAGCCCAUCAACACAAAAACCUAAACCAGAGCCAGUGGUUGUUAGUACAACUUCAAAACCAUCAACUUCACCAUCAACACCAACACCUUUGGUAAUAACAACUCGUCAACCUGAAAAAGUAACUACACAGACACCUGAACCAGAAAAAUUAACCAUUGCACCGACAACGGAAACUCCUGUUGAACAAGAACAGGUGACAACUACUUCAAAACCAAUCUUCUCUGAAUUGACUGAACCUGAAUUACCUCCUCUGCCCAAAGGAACCACUGUUUCUGUUUGGAGUACAAAAAUAAUUCAAUAAUUUGAAUCUUUCUGUUCUUUUCUGUAUACAGCAAUCUUUCAGUAAUUAAGACUAAAUUUUUACUCGCUCAAGACUUGGAUUAAUAAUUAAUUAAAUUUGCAAGCAAUUAAAUUAUUA